AUGACUAGCUUGGAGAAAUCUCUAAAUAAAAAUCUUUUCAAAUUCUUAGAUUCCCAAACAAAGUUAGAAACUGCAAGACAUGACAAACUAUCAAAUGACUCAUGUUUACUGAAAGAAUCCCUUUCCAAGAAUAAGAAGGAAUUCCUUGAUUCUUGGCAGCUAUAUAAAAGUGAAAGUAUUAUUCCAAAAUUCAGCUAUAACAUAGAAACUAGCCAUAAUGCAAAAAAGAAACGUGAAUUGUUGAAGCAAGCGAGUAUUGAAACUUAUAAUUCAAUAUACGGUACUGAUAGGAGCGAUAUAAAAAAGUAUUACAGAGGUGACAGAGGUAUUGACUUCUCUAAUAAUGAGGUUUUGGAGGAUUUACUGGUGAUGUCUACAGAGGAGUCAAAAAUUACACCUGAAAUACUAAAGAAACUCGAUAACGGCAUAACAAUGGGAACAAUUCCUGAUAAACUAGCAAAGCUUAUUGAAGAGAAAAAGAAACCACGUAGUUCAAGCUAUUUCUCAAUAGGAAGAAAAGAUCAGAAAUAUGCAUUCCGAGAUAGUCCUAGUUCAUCUAAUUUACUAAAAUUCUCUUUAAACCCUUUUACUUCCCUAAGCAAGGCAUCUUAUAGUAGAAGUUUCGAUGAUGAUAAUCAUGAAGUGGAACAGUAUGAUAUGUAUGAUUUAAAUAGAGUGAAAGUUGAUAAAUUUGAUACAAAAUUUAGGAAAGGAGUUGAUAGUGUUGGUUAUAAAUUCAAAGCAGUACCAGAUAAAGUUUUGAAAAACUUACAAUCUCGUUUACUUGAGAAAUUACCAACAGAUAUUGAGCCUACUUCAAAAGAUAUUUUAAAGUUGUAUGCCCCUUAUACAAAGUUAGAAACAAAUCCUACUAAUUUAAGAGAGUCUGAGUCAGGUAUGAAGUCUAGGAAUAUAGGUAAAAAUAAUCGUGAAGUAAAUAUGGAGCAGUCUAAAGAUGAGUUAAAAUAUGAAUACAAAAUAAAAGAUACUAGCAGUUCCUUAAUUGGCAAGUCAAUUGCUAGAAAAGGCUUUGGAGUUUCUUUCAAGUCUGCAGUCAUACCUAUGGACAAUAUAGCUAAAUCAGAAGAGUUGUUCAAUUUAUACAAGGAGUAUCUGAAAACUUUGAGGUACUGUGAUCAUCUUAAUAAAGAGAAUUCUUCGCUAGUUGAAUUACACCAGUGUUUAAAAACUUUAAGAGAGAUGAGCAAUCAACUAAAGAAUGGUACUAUUACUGAGAACUUGAAAGUUAAGCCAAAAAGUUAUAGUCAGAUGAUUAGAAAUAGAGGUUUAGAAGAAAUUACUGAAGGUCCACACAAGUCCAGUGAUAUAGAAAGCGAGGUUAAUGACCAAAGUCUUAGCACUAAAGAGAGCACAAAUAGCAUCAAACAGCACAACACUUUGAUUAUGGACUCAUUGCUGAGUGACUUGAGCGUUAUACCAAAUUAUUUGAGAAAAGAGCAUAUGCUUACAAAAAGUAAUCUACAGUCUAGUGAGAAAAAUGGAUUAGCAGAGAUAGGAAUUGAUCAAGAUAAUAUAUGUCUCAAUAAUACAAGUGAAUUGUUGCAAAAAGUUGGAGUUAGCCGUGAGGAGUGGAUAUCAAGUGAGGCCUUGAGAAGAGCACUAAUAAAAUAUCGCGAAGUAGAAGAAGCUUUAAAUAAUUUUCAAACAUCUUCUAUAAUUGGAACUCAUGGAAAAAUUGAAGCUCAUAAGAGAAUUGCUGAAUAUCAAAAGGCACGAAGUGAUGUUGAUUCUGAAAUAAAAAAACUGAGACUUAGGGGAGGAAUCCGUUGA